AGGCCGAGGGGGCAGGUUAUCCCGCAAUGUGGACCGAGGGGGCCGAACGGGGACCGACUGGCCAGGUAUAUAGCCAGCUUUGGAGGAUGGGACAGCAGUCGGCACCAAGGUGGUUGAGCUCUCGGAGGCACCAGCAAGUAGCCGUCUCCACUUGGCAUCAGCAGGGAGUCGAACAGGAUGUCGUCUCGUCGCGCUGGAGCUCCUCUGCUGGUCAUGUCGGCGCUGUGUGUCGCCCUGUGGGCUCUUCUGGUGUGCCCACCCGGGGCCGAAGCGCUGCCCCCGCUAGGACGCCAGGUCGGCCGUCCGUACACGGCGCUCGAGUUCCAGGACCUGGAGUGUGGCGGCAGGUUCGACCGCUCGCUGGUCGCCCAGCUGACCAUGGUGUGCCGGGACUGCGAAAAACUCUAUCAGCACCCUGAGGUGUUUGGACUCUGCAGGCACAAGUGUUUCUCGUCCAAGUACUUCGGAGGAUGUCUGGAGUCUCUCCAGAUCACCGAACCAGAGGUGGUCGCCGACAUGGACGAGGCCGUUCGGAUUCUCAAGGGCUAGACUUGGUCGAUAUUCGUCGUCUACAGAAUACUAAGAGCACUCAAAUGCAUGCCGACAUUCCUCAAAAGUGGCAGCUGAAGUAAGAUAAAUGUGCAGUGUGCAUUCAACCCAAACAUCCCACCGUAUAUGUUAUGCAUCUAUGUUUACCUCAUUGUCUGUUAAUUAUCAUUGUCUUCACUCUUCACUAUCCGCAACGCCAGUGAAUCAUUUCGAAGAUACUUGUGCCCGAAUAAUGCUGCAGCAUUCCUGCAUAUGACACGUGGUUUAUUCUUCCAAAGAUUUUCGACUGUGAUCAUUUCAGAGUUAUGCAUUGUGAUAAGCAAUUUCACUGAGGAAGCACAUUAGUCUGAUGACCCCUUCGCUAUGAGCCUGAAAGGAACUGAGUUGAACACUCGUAGACUUUUGCUUCGUCCGCAUAUGAUGCUCGAUUCGUCUCCUUUACAAGGCGUUCAAGUUAGGGCGUGAUUAGUCAUGGUAUUUGCGAAAUAACAUGAACUAAAUAUAUGCGACAUUACUCUGCGUUCUACUUCAUAUAAUUGAUUGUUUAAUG